AUGAAAAUCCGGAUUUGUUUUGUCCUUAUUUUAGUCUUGUUAAAAUGUGUGCUAUCUUACAAUCUAAAUAACGAUUUAACUAAGAAUAAUAAUUUUUCCUUAAAUACAUAUGUCAGAAAAGAUGAUGCGGAAGAUGAUUCAAAAAAUGAGAUUGUUGAUAAUAUACAAAAAAUGGUUGAUGAUUUUAGUGAUGAUAUAGGUUUUGUAAAAACAUCGAUGCGUGAAGUUUUACUCGAUACCGAAGCGUCGCUUGAAGAAGUAUCAGAUCAUGUUGUACAAAACAUAUCAAAAUAUAGUUUAACCAUUGAAGAAAAACUUAAUCUUUUGGAUGGGCUUUUCGAAGAAUUUAUUGAAAAUAAUAAAGGCCUCAUAUCCAACUUAUCAAAAAGACAACAAAAACUUAAAAGGGAUAAAAUUAAAAAGGUUUGUGAUUUGAUCUUAAAAAAGUUAAAAAAGUUAGAAAAUAUGAACAAACUUAUUAAAUAUAAAAUAAUAAUAAAAUAUGGAAAUAAAGAUGAUAAAAAAGAAAUGAUACAGACAUUGAAAAAUGAGGAAGGUAUAUCUGAUGAUUUCAAAAAUAAUUUAUCAAAUUAUGAAACAGAACAAAAUAACAAUGAUAUAAAAGAAAUAGAAUUAGUUAAUUUUAUUUCAACAAAUUAUGAUAAGUUUGUUAUUAACCUAGAAGACCUUAAUAAGGAGUUGCUAAUGGAUUUAAACACAGCCUUAUCAUAA